GAGCAAAAUAAAAAAAAAGAUUCUAAUUAUCGCUAACAAGAAUAUAAAAGCACACCGCAUUUAAUUCGUGAUCUAGGUUAUGGUCAAAAUGCGCAGUGAAGACGACUGGCGUGCACGUUUAACGUGUUUACAGCUUCCUCCAUGGCUUCGAAGCGUCAGCUUUCUACUUCCAAAACUCGCUCAAAUGUCACUUUUGUUUAUUAGUAUGGUCUAGAGCUACAGUAAGAUCAUGUUCACACACAACACUCUGCACUGACUCCUGAUCUCUGUCUCCAUGGCAACAGCAGAACUGUCACUCAACACAUGAGAAACAAAGAUGUCCCACUCAUGGACGGGGGGUCACUCCACACCUGUGCUUUGUGCUAGAGUCUCCUCUGAAUCAGAGCAUGUGGUGGCCACUGGAGCAGAAGGAGGUGAUCUGACCCUGUGGACUCACGACGGGUCGCCGGUCUCUCAGCUGCACCUGAGCGCUGAUGAUGAUGAUGUCACGUGCGUGGCUUUCUCUCCGUCCACCCCCUGCAUGCUGUACGCCUCUCACGGACGCACGGUCAGUGCACUAGACACCCGGAACCUGAAGACGGCUGUGAGCGAGCUGACAGACGUGGGUGAGGAGGAGAUAAACGCUCUGUCUGUGAGCGAGAGCGGGGCUCUGCUCGCCGCGGCGGACGACUCCGGGGCCGUGAGAGUCGUUGACCUACAGCUGGAGAAAGUCAUCAGGACUCUGCGGAAACACGACAACAUCUGCUCGUCUGUGACCUUCCGACCUCACCGGCCUCAGAGUUUAGUGUCUGCAGGACUCGACAUGCAGGUGAUGCUGUGGAGCCUGCCAAAGGUGCGUCCGCUCUGGACCUACAGUCUGCAGGACACGCAGGAAGAAGACGCUCGUCCUCAGAGAGCGGGGCAGAUGUUCAACCCUCCUCUCGCGCACUGCGUUGAUGUCGCGUCCUGCGGGAACGUGUUUGCCUGUGCCGCUGAGGACGGCUUCGUCCACCUCCUGCGGGUGUCUGAGGACUCCAGGCUCAGGGAGCGAGGGAUGUUCAAGGCUCAUUCUCAGGGAGCAUCGCAGGCUCACUUCAUCAGCUUCCUGUCCCAUCCGUACUGGCUGGCCACCGGAGGAAACGACGGCCUCGUGGCUCUCUGGGACCUCAGUGAAGACGCUCUGGUGGCCAAUGAGAGGAAGCGCAAGAGCCGCAAAAAGAAACCUAAAGCCAGAGCGAAGGCAGUCUCUGAAGUUCAGCACCAGAAACAACAGAUGAGCGGCGAGGAAGCAGAAGCUGGCAGUGCUUCCUGUAGUUCAGAGACGUGUGGAAAAACUGUGCCAAAACAGUCUUUUAAUCACGGGGAGAAGGUGAACUGGGUUUGUCCAGCUGUGCUAAAGGGAAAGCCGAGUCUGAUAGUAACAGACCAGAGCUCCAGUCCAUCUGUGUAUUCGCUGGAUGAACUAUAAUGUUUGAGAAAUCCUAUUAAAAUCAUGUCAACUUAAUGCAAGAGCUACAGCUUAGAUUACGCCUUUCGCAGUCAUUCAUUGGUCUGAUUUUAGCAAUUUUCAGAGGUGGACCAAGUACUCCAUGACUUGGUUGAAAAUACAAACACAAAUAUUAUUCCAUUGUGAAGACUUGAGUACUUGAGUAAAAGUACUUAA